GAUGAAUUGUGUCCAAAAUAACACGUGUAAUGUUGUUGUCAUUUAAGUCGCUACUAGCGAAAACUGAACAGUGAAGGUGUGAAACCACAGAAUUAGAUUAAACUACCCCCAAAGUGCGCAUUAGCAUCAGUUUAGUCGGAGGUUAGCUAACGUUAAUUUGACUCUCUCGUCAAGAGUUCUUCAAAAUAAAAGCCUGAAGGUCUCGUAGGCGAUAGAGGGUCCGCUAGCAUGCUUUUGCUUUCGUUUUAGUUUACGGCGACACGAUAAUGACUAUGAAAUACAAAUUUAACCACGUAAACAAAACCAAACACGUUGUAACUGGAUUUGUUUGGCUGCAAGUGACGUUAGUAUAACGUGUAUAGCGCAGAACCCCUCUCAAACAACGCUUUUAAUGGUCAGCGCUAACGCUCAGCUAAUUCACAGUAACGCUACCUUUAACGUUAAUUAUUAGCACUUGGAAAUGUGACGUUUCUUUUUAUUAAUGGUGCCACCCAGCUAGCUCAAACAAAUGCAGUCCAACACAACAAUGGAAUUAAAUCCUACCUUUAUAAUGGUUCCAGUGUUUGUUGACACCGAGAUGAUGGAGAAAGUGUCUGACAGUGAGCAGCAGGCUGUGAAGCCGCCUCCCAAACGACGACGCAUCCUCGACCCCUCAGCUAUCGUCUCGGUGCCUGUUUACUCCAACAAGGUAAACAGCAGUCUGCAGCUGAAGCCAGCGGCAGCUGUGUUCACAGAAGAGGAAAAGUCAGAGGAUGCUGCAGACGACAGUUUGUUGUCAAUGUUUUCAUCUCGAGAACCAACAGCAGCCGUCAUCGCCCUCAGUGACUCUGAGGAGGACGAAGUAGAACAUGUGGAGAACAGAUCACAACAAAUGACAAAGAAAAAAGAACCAGCAGUCAUUCGCUGCCCAUCUCCCCCUCCACCAGAGAGUCCAGUUAAGAAACAGUCCAGACAGGUCAAACAAAAGAUCAGCGAGAUCGACAAAAAGCUCCGGGCAGUGAACUCCCUCCUGUCUCCUGAACCUCAGCACCGGAGGUCCAGAGGUCGCUCGUCCCCAGGAGAGCAAGACGAUGAUGUCAUCAUCAUGAACCCUAACUCUGGGCUUCAGGAUUCUCUGUACAGCUCGUCAGUCCGGGAGAUCCCCCUCAAGAUCCGCUGUCGAACGGACAUUCACAAGAUCCCAGUCCUGUCUUCGACACCUCUGAGUGAUGUGGUGACCCAGCUGUCCGUCAUCCUUAACGUUCCUCCUCCUCGCCUCCUGCUGUUGAGGGAGGCAGUGGAGCUUCCAACAGACUCCACCGUUGGCAAGCUCGGCCUCGGCAUUGCUGACAUCAUAGAGUGUGUCGUCAUGGCAGCAGAGGAUCAAAGUGAAGCAGACAGCAGCAGCAACAACAUCACCGUGAGGCUGCAGAGCAAAGACAGAGACUCUUCACAGGAGUUCUCUCUAUGCAGAGACGCACCACUAGGCUCUAUCUUCACCCAGUACCUGUCCAGGAUGUCGAUAAACGCUCAGAGUAAGGUACGCUUCCACUUCGAUGGCUGCAAAGUGAAACACAGCCAGACGCCGGCUCAGCUCGACAUGGAGGACGGAGACAUCAUCGAAGUUUGGAUUUAGAUUAAUUUCAUUACAUGGAUAAUAUGUAUAUAAAAAAAAUAGAAAACCACUUGUUGGUAGUUCAGUCACUUUAUUUGUAAAAGUCAAUUAUUUUUAAAUGCUGAAAGUACAAAGAUACAAAGACAAUGGGAUUAUAUGUUUACAAACUAUUCAAAUCUUUUUUUUUUUAAAUUGACUGUAAACAUAAAAGCCAUUAAAUGACUGUAUAAUUGUAAAUUUA